UUCAGCAUUUCUUCAAAAUUCUUCAACUUGAGAUAGCCGCAGGGAAGAAUGCAGAGUUCUUCUGCUCUCUCUGGUCAUCAUCUGCUUAACUCUGCUCCAGGUUUAGCUUUAAUUUCCCGUCGCAGUUUCUCCUUUGCCUUUCCUAUGUCAGCCAGCUCCAGCGAUAUUUCACUCUCCUCAUCCGGCUCUUCCACUUUAGUACCGCCGCUAAAGCACGACUCUCCUUCUAUUAUGCUUUGUCGAGCAUCUUCUGAAGUUCACGACUUUUAUCCCAGAGAUGGUGAAUUAGCGACAAAGGGAGUUUCCAGUACAGUUGUGGGUGUUCUGGGAGGAGGGCAGCUCGGUAGAAUGCUAUGUGAGGCUGCAUCGCAGCUGGCGGUUAAAGUUGCUGUUUUGGAUCCAAUGGAGAAUUGUCCUGCAAGUUCUCUUUCUCACUAUCACAUGGUGGGAAGCUUUGAUGACAGUGCCACGGUUGAAGAGUUUGCUAAAAGGUGUGUUGUGUUAACAGUAGAGAUUGAACAUGUCGAUGUAGCAACUUUAGAGAAACUUGAGCAACAGGGUGUAAACUGUCAGCCCAAGGCAUCUACCAUUCGAAUUAUCCAGGAUAAGUAUUUGCAGAAGGUUCAUUUCUCUAGACAUGCCAUUCCUGUUUCCGAGUUUAUGGAGAUAGAUAAUCUAGAAAGCGCAAAGAAAGCAGGUGACCUUUUUGGCUAUCCUCUAAUGAUAAAAAGCAAAAGGCUCGCUUAUGAUGGCCGUGGAAAUGCAGUUGCUGGCAGGGAAGUGGAUAUUUCUUCUGCAGUAAACGCACUUGGAGGGUUUGCUCGGGGAUUGUACGUUGAGAAAUGGGCACCAUUUGUAAAGGAACUAGCUGUCAUUGUAGCCAGAGGGAGAGAUAAUUCCACCCUAUGCUAUCCUGUUGUGGAAACAAUUCACAAAGAGAACAUUUGUCACAUAGUCAAAUCCCCCGCUGAUGUGUCAUGGAAGGUCAGAAAGCUUGCCACUGAAGUAGCAGACAGAGCUGUUAGUUCACUUGAGGGUGCUGGUGUCUUUGCGGUUGAGUUAUUUCUGACAGAAGAUGAUAAGAUUUUGUUGAAUGAAGUAGCUCCUCGACCUCACAAUAGCGGACAUCAUACUAUUGAAGCUUGUUUCACUUCACAGUAUGAGCAGCACUUAAGAGCUGUCAUUGGUCUUCCACUUGGUGAUACGUCUAUGAAAGCUCCAGCUGCUAUUAUGUACAACAUACUUGGAGAAGAGGAGGGUGAAGCAGGCUUCAUUCGUUCCCAUCAACUAAUGAUGAAAGCACUUAGCAUUCCUGGGGCUUGUGUUCAUUGGUAUGACAAACCAGAAAUGCGAAAGCAAAGAAAGAUGGGCCAUAUCACUAUAGUAGGUCCUACUAUGUCCAUUGUUGAGUCACGAUUAAAGACCAUGCUUGGUGAAGAGUCUGUGAAUGAACAGACUGCAGAUGCUCCACGUGUGGGGAUCAUAAUGGGUUCGGAUUCAGAUCUUCCGGUUAUGAAGGAAGCUGCAAAGAUUCUAGACAUGUUUGGUGUUUCCCAUGAGGUACGAGUAGUCUCCGCACACCGAACCCCCGAGAGGAUGUUUUUAUAUGCCCAGUCUGCUCAAGAGAGAGGCGUUCAGGUAAUCAUUGCUGGUGCUGGAGGUGCUGCCCACUUACCAGGAAUGGUGGCUGCACUAACCCCAUUACCAGUUAUUGGCGUGCCUGUACGUGCCUCGACACUCGAUGGACUCGACUCAUUGCUUUCAAUUGUGCAGAUGCCAAGAGGUGUUCCUGUUGCUACUGUAGCCAUAAACAAUGCCACCAAUGCUGGCCUGCUAGCAGUCAGGAUACUUGGAGCUGGUGACCCUGAUCUAACUUCACGAAUGUCGCAGUAUCUGGAAGAUGCUAAAAACGAUGUCAUUGUGAAAGCAGAGAAGCUAGAACAAGAUGGGUGGGAGGCAUACCUAAAAUCGUAGUGCCCUGAAUCAACAACAACCAAGUUUCUUGUAAUACAUUCUGAGGGAUUGAAAAUUCUCGAAACAUUAAAUGGGAAAUGUUUUGAAACCGAGACUAAGGAUUUUUGUUCUCUGAAAGGAGACUGUGAUUGGUCCAGUAGUAGCAAUUAGAUUAGGGAGCAGAGACAAGUCACAAACUGUCUUUAGUAGAGAAUAGAUUCAUCUUAAAAGAAGAAGAGAUAGUUAGAUUGAGAGAAAGAGAUUGAAAGAAUUUUUCCUCCAUUGGAAUGGAGCAGAUAGACUGCUAUUGUUAACUGUUUUAUCAUAUAUAUAUAUAUAUAUAUUUGGUGGAUUCUCUUGA